ACAUGAUGCCUGCUGCAAGUCAACUCGUGCACUCUCGCUAAUAGAGCUGAAAUAUUAUAGCCCUUUUGUACUAGCAAGGGUGGCGUGAGAGACCACGACGCUCGCAAAUGUCCUGUUUUCUUUACUUUGAACCGAGCGCGCCGUCAACGUCCAAGCUGGCUGGCGAUCCGGGGACUGUACUUUGUCUAUUUUUGAUAGACAUAUUCUAACAAGCUACUUGUUUUCCCCUUCUUUGAUAUCGCAAGCAAGUGGCGGGUCCCUAGUACGUCCUCCCUCCCAAAUCCCAUACACUCCAAGAGCAGCAUGGUCAUGGCUGACAGUCACCAAAAGCCGAUGCUUCGGGGUCCAGUUCGAGUGGGCUUUUACGAUAUCGAACGCACUUUAGGAAAAGGCAAUUUCGCUGUUGUGAAGCUGGCAAGACACCGCAUCACCAAAACCGAGGUGGCCAUCAAGAUCAUCGAUAAAACGCAGCUGGACGCGGUGAACCUGGAGAAGAUCUACAGGGAGGUGCAGAUCAUGAAGAUGCUGGACCAUCCGCACAUCAUCAAGCUGUACCAGGUCAUGGAAACCAAGAACAUGCUGUACUUGGUGACGGAGUACGCCAAAAACGGGGAGAUCUUUGACUACCUGGCCAAUCACGGGAGGCUGAGCGAAUCGGAGGCGCGGCGCAAGUUCUGGCAGAUACUGUCGGCCGUGGAGUACUGCCACAACCGCAACAUCGUCCACCGGGACCUGAAGGCCGAGAACCUGCUGCUGGACGGGCACAUGAACAUCAAGAUCGCAGACUUCGGGUUUGGUAACUUCUUCCAGCCGGGAGAGCCCCUGGCCACGUGGUGCGGCAGCCCCCCCUACGCUGCUCCUGAGGUGUUCGAGGGGCAGCAGUACGAGGGACCGCAGCUGGACAUUUGGAGCAUGGGCGUGGUGCUGUAUGUGCUGGUGUGCGGGGCCCUGCCCUUCGACGGGCCCACGCUCCCCGUGCUGAGACAGCGCGUGCUAGAGGGCCGUUUCCGCAUCCCCUACUUCAUGACUGAAGACUGUGAGCACCUGAUCCGGCGCAUGCUGGUGCUGGACCCCUCCAAGCGGCUGUCGGUGUCUCAGAUUAAGGAGCACCGCUGGAUGGCUCUGGAGGUGCCGGUGCAGAGGCCCACGCUGUACCAGCGGAGCGUCCCGGCUGACGGCCAGGCCGGCGGCGUGGCCGGCUACAGCGAGCAGGUGCUGCGUCUCAUGCACAGCCUGGGCAUCGACCAGCACAAGACUGUGGAGUCUUUGCAGAGCAAGAGCUAUAACCACUUUGCUGCGAUCUAUUACCUCCUGGUGGAGCGGCUGAAGGCCCAUCGCUGCAGCUUCCCUGUGGAGCAGAGGCUUGACGCCAGGCAGAGACGACCCAGCACCAUCGCCGAGCAGACUGUCGUCAAGGCCGCCGGGGCUGUUCCCACGCAGGUGGGGCUACUCCCUCAGAGCGUGCGUCUCCUGCGCUCCUCCGCCCUCCCCCAGCCCACCGCCGAGUCCUUCGCCUUCCCACAAUCCCCCUGCCAGCCCGAGCACGGCUUCAUGGAGGAGGACGUGGGGACGCCCAAGGUCACCGGCUGCCUCCUGGACCCCCUCCCCCCCGCCAUCAUACGCAAAACCAGCACCUCCUCGCCCAGCAACAUGAUGGAGACCUCCAUCGACGAGGGCAUCGAGACGGAGGAGCCCGAAAUGGAGGACGACCCCUCCCAGGUCUUCUCCGCCUUCCAGAUGGGCCGGUUCGGCCAGCGCAGACACACGCUCUCCGAGGUCUCCAACCAGCCCGGGGUCAUGACCGGCACAGGGAAGCAGUUUGGGAUGGCCCACAACCCCUCGCUGGGCAGUGUGGACUCGGAGUACGACCUGGCCUCCAUGCACAGUGACCUCAGCCUGCUGGAGGACCCCUCUGCGGCCCACGUGACCCCCCCCUUCAUCAGCCUGAAGCCCGCCAACCCCGCCAUGCACGCGCUCACCGCCCAGAGGAGGGAGGCCCACAACCGCUCCCCCAUCAGCUUCCGCGAGGGACGCAGAGCCUCCGACACCUCCCUCACCCAGGGGUUGGUGGCGUUCAGGCAGCACUUGCAGAACCUGGCCCGGACCAAAGGCAUACUGGAGCUGAACAAAGCACAGAUGCUGUACGAGCAGAUGGGCUCCGAUCAGGACCCGGCGCUCUACCCUCCUGACGCGCACGCCCACCUGUACGACUUCCUGGACCCCUGCUGCAGGUCAGCACCCCGGCAGCACCAGGACGGCUUAGCAGUAUUUUCGGCCGGCGCCCACACCCCGUUGCUGUCCAGGAGGCAGAGCCUGGAGACCCAGUACCUGUCCCACAGAAUGCAGGUAACGGCCAGCCUCAUGGUCAGCCCCCCCAGCAGCUGCCAGAUGUUCUGUAAGGAGCCCCCCCGCACCCUGGAGCAGCAGCUACAGGAGCACAGGCUGCAGCAGAAGCGGAUGUUCCUUCAGAAGCAGCCUCAGCUGCAUGCGUACUUCAACCAGAUGCAGAUCGCCGAGGGCUCCUUCCCCCACCCCCCUCCCAUGGGCCCCCAGGACCACGCGGACCCUUCCCUCUGCAGGGCGUCAUCACCACGGCGACGGCCCCCGGCCCCCACGUCGCCUCCUUUCGGCCUGGCCCCGGGCCUGGGGCCCCUCAUGGAGCCCGGGGCGGAGGCCCUGAUCUACGAGCCGUACCCGGGUCACUACCCCCACCUCCUGCACCCCGCCCCGCACGUGCCCCCCGCCCACCCGCACAGCCUGGGCCCGGAGAACAUGGGCUACCCCGUCUGCGACCUGACCCUGUCCCACUCAGCCGACGCCCUGUGUCCCGAGCAGUACCAGUACCCCCUGGACCCCGGCCAGCCGCCCCCCGUAGGCCAGGCGGAGGGCCCCGGAACCGGGUACGAGAGCCUGGCCCUGCCCGACCUCCACAGCCCCUUCCUGGAGGGCGAGAUGAUGGAGACGGUGGACUCUCAGCACGGCUUCGUACUGGUGAACUGAGCGAGGCAUUCUGGGAGAAGCAGUAUUAGCUUUGAGCGGGGUCAGGGGGAGGAGCAUGCGUGCGAGGGCGGAGGGCCGGGCGCAGGAAGUGGUCGAGAGACGUUUUGAGAUAAUGGUAUCAUUAAUACUAUUUUGGUCAUCAAGAACCUCAAGAACUUUCUACCGAAACCCUCCCUACCUCCCUGUUUCCAACCCCGCUGUACCUACCGGCACUGUUCCCGGGGCCCCGGAGCUACGUGGCCAACGGCGCGCCCGUGUGUCGGCCUCUGUGGGUGUGUAGAUGUGUCUACGUGUCACAUGACCAGCCUCGGAGCUGUGAGCCCACACUGAAAGGCUGCAGGCGUCAGGCUCGGAGAGACGCCAGCUCCUUCCCAAGAGCACAAACAGCAACACGUGUGUUUGUUGUUGUUUCUUUUUGUUUUGUUUUUUAUAUUAACAUAGGACAGAGACUUGGCUCACAAAUUCCUUUGUGGAUGUGACAUUUCAUAUGAACAAUAAACGAAACAACGCACACUUGCGCGAUAGGUGCACUGACUGUCCUUGGAUUUUGUUGGUGUGGCAAUAUUGAAGCAAUAUUAUUCAUCUGGAACUGAAAGAAGCCUUGCGGUUUCUGAAGGAAUUUUUUUUUUUUUUUUUUUGUAACCUAAAGAUUGUCAAGUGACCUAAAGUAACCUAAAAAUUGUCAAGUGAGAUUUAGAUUUCGGAGGAACACAAAGGCUAAGUCACUUGACACUGGAUUCAGAAGACUAGCCGACUCCUUUUCUCACGGCAAAGCGAUUGAAGAAGGGUUUUCUUUUUCUUACAGCACUUAUUAAAAAUCUACUUGAAACGUAAUAAUACAUCGCUGACUAAAUUCGUAACGCUACUUUUUUUUCUGAAGAAAUAGGAUGCUGAAAAUAAAUUGUACUGUAUUAUGUCGGUCGUAAGAGAAGGAAGGCAAGGUGGACGUCAAUGUCAGGAGAAUUUCUUGUACUAGAGCACUUUUUCAAGGAAGUAAAAAUGAAUGAGGCAGAGGAGGAGCCAGCCGGGAUGAAGAUUCUGGUUUGGCGGUUCUGCAGAGACACAACAGAAGGGACACCGUUAACUCUUUCAUUUGGUUUGGUUUCGUCUUUUCCUUUAAGAAUAGACACGUCGAACUCGGGAUUUUUCAGAGCAAGACCAGAGAGACUUUCGUAUCGGUGAUUGUUCGUUUGUGCUUUGUAUAAAUUAGGUUUUUAGAGAUUCUUGAAUUUGCUCAAUUCAAGACACAAGAAAUAACGUGUUCAUUGUGGUAGUGCUGUGCCUUUUAAUUUUUCCCUUAAUUUAAGAAUUGCAAAUAUAUAUAUUUUUGGUUUGUUCUGUUUUUUUAUUUUUAUUUUUUUUGUUUUAUUAUUUUUGUUUUGUUUUUGGUAUCCCUUUUGGAACUAAGUAGACCCAAUUUUAUUAAGGUACAAAACCAAAGUCCCUUCAGAAGGUUCCGGUUUCAGACCCACCAUGUGGCGUUUGGACCUUCUUAGUUUCUUCACAGAAUAUUUUAUUAUUUUACUUUCUUUCUUUUUUUUUGGUCAGUCAGUAUAUGCCGUACAAAAGUAUUAUAGCAAUAUUUAUGAAUAACAGUUAUGAUGCUGAAAUUAAGGUUAGUGAACAUGUUACAGUAUCAUGAUGUUUGUAUCAUAUCACCCUCAACUGAAAAAAACACCAUUCAUUAGAGUUCCACAUUUGCAUAUUUGCCAUCAUUGAUGUUGACCACACAUAAGCUAACUUGCUGUUUGAGACAUAAAUAAGAAAGGUUUAUUCAAA